AUGGGGCUCAUUCUGAUCACCAGAGCCAAUCAGGAACUGCAGAGCCCCAGGAGGCGGGACGAGGCGAUGGCACACUUCAGUGUGUGUCUGUGCCGCAUACUGGUCUGGUCGUCCAUCCAACCACAUGGAAAUGCAAUGGGAUUGGAGGUUAGAGAGGGAAACCAUCAAAGACAGUGUAGUCUGGAUGGCCCUUAGGGCUCCUGUCCACAAACCACAGCCCAGUCAAGAGUUCAGACUCCAGAGAGACGGAUGGAUCACACAUGUCCUGCUAUCUGUCCUGCUAUCACUAUCAGUCACACUGUCAGGGAGAUUAGGAUAAAUAGCUGUUGAAACACUGUCUUCUUCAAUAUGCUUCAGCUGGCCAUGGAAAUGAAGUCAUACUGAUAGGGGAAGCCCCUCUUCCCUGUUAUGUCAUCGACAGCUGCUGUUGGACAGGCCAAGCAGUGCAACUAGGACAGGGUGAUGUGUUUUAUUUACAAGAUGGAGUCAUCUCUGACUUGUAGAUAUGAUGGCAGAUGUCAAAGCUAUAAACAUCAUGGCUUCAACAUAUCUGCUAAGCUUAUGUAACGUGUUGGCUUAUUCACUCACAUGUGCAUAUGAUCAUCUCAAUAUAGCUUACCUGGAUGGAGUCUGUCACGUGUACCAACCCUCACUCUCAGAGAGCAUCCAUUCAUUCCUUUUGUGUGACUGUGGACACCCCACCUAUACUGUAAAUCAGUGGCAUGCCUGGAAAGGGAAAGCGGGAAUGAGCCAUUCGUUUUCAUUAACACACAAGGUGAACUGUACGACAGCGACGGCCACCGAUUUAUGGCACGAGGAUGGAGACAUGUCAGGACGGGAGCUGCUCUCCCCUUGUUUUUUGCUCCUCUCGGAGGAUGAUGUCAUUGGUGUUGGAUGUGGGCAACAGCGCCGUGUGUGCUUGAUGUUACCGUAACUUAAAGGCUGACAGACAGAUGUAAUGACAGGCCAAGAAAAGAAAGACGUACCUCGAACCACCUAUCAAGCCCACCUCCACAACUCUCCUCCUAACAUGAUAAAUCAGCCAUGGGGGUGAUUACACACCUGAAUGGAACACAUUUGCUUUAGUUCCCUGAUUAGAAGGCUUGUCAGAGGGAUGCAGGAUAUUCACAGGCUGAGCUUAGACAUGGUUCAGUUACUCCAGGUAAUUGUUUCAAAACCAUCACUGUAAAGUGUCUGUUUCAGUAUUCAUGUUUGACCUUUAUCUGCAGUGUCCCUUUUCAGAGCCUUUUUGAUGUUACUCAAAGGGCUCAAUUCAAUCAAACCCGCAUUGUGGUAUUUUCACAGUAGCUCUUUUCCCCAUGGUCAAAUAAAACCGCACUGGUAGAUGCUUCCAGAUAUCAGAAUAAGAAGUAUGUGUUUCUGGACAGAAGUUUAUAAACAAAGACAGUGCACAAACAUUGCUUUGGCAGGUUUAACUGAAUUCCAGUCAAACUGCUGAUAAUAUCUUACCUUCUUGAAGAGCACAUGGGACCAUUCUGUACUGUGUUUCAUGAUGACUGAACUGAUCCCACCUGGAGAGAAAAUGAUAGGAUCCAAAUGAAACGGAUGACUGAUGAAGUUCUCUGUCUUCUAAUAAUAACAAAUUCAUGCAGGUUCAAAGAAGCUUGUCAUAUGGUGCGACUGGGGACAGAUAUUUAUGCAUCAAAGAGGCCUUGCAUCCUCUAAGGUUUCAUCUCUUCUCAUUUCUAAACCUAUAAAUUAUGCACUGCUGUGCAGCACAUUCUCUGCUGGAAAUGAACGGCUUAGUGCUCACAUGAAAAGGCAUGUCAAGGAGAGUGGACCAUUAGGACUAAAACAAAGGAAAAUAAAUCACUAAGAAAAGUUAUGGUGAAUAAAAAGAGAUAAUUAAUGACGAGUUAGUAUAAGCUCCUUCCACCAAUGAAUAUUUUUGUUGAUAAAUGUUUGUUUUUUCUUGCUUAUGUGUUAUACUAUACAAACGUGUCAUUAUUUCUCCUGUCUGGCUGUUUCUUUAAUUGGACUCAUGCUUUAGUUGAUUGUGUAGACUUGUGAAGUUUUCACAAAUCUGUGUGGAGUUUAAUCAUGUGGAAUUGGAGAAAGAUCUCCACUUGGCACCUUUUUCCCUACUUCCUCCAGCUGUUCAUUCUGUUAAAUCAAAUGCUACAUUUGAAUCAGCCUACAUAAUCAUUCACAAAUUAGUUUAAAAGGUAUAGAAAUGAGUUUUUUCCAGUCUGCUGGUUUAGAAACAGGGCAGCUGGAAGGCCCAUUAACAUAAAACUGUUUUAGAACAAUGGCCCAGUUUUGUGUUUCACAAGGGUAAACCACUUCAUGCCGAUUGCCUUCAAUGAUAUCGUGACGGUUUUAAGAUUUUAGGGGUGGCAGGGUUGGACCGUUUUUAGAAAUCAGUUACUGAUUACAGAUUACAUGACAAUAAAAGCAAUUACUAACACACUCCAUUGGAUAACUCGAAAUGAAUAAUGUAAUCUGAUUACUUCCUUGGUUAGAAAGUAUCUUCCUCCUCAAUUUAUGCUGCAGACCAAUCUCAGUUCGCUCUCUAAUUCUGCCCACCCAUCCCCCGGCAUCCUUGGGCAAUUGCUGUCUCAAUUUCCUGCUGCAUCUUCCCGAUGUUACACCCAGCCACCAAGCUGAUUGUGGCCAGUAAAAGAGGAAAUGGUCAUUUGAGUGUCUUACCCACCCCUACAAAAACAGGGAAGCACAGAGCAAAGUUAUAUUUCUAAGAUAGCUGCUGGGAUGGUGUAAAUACAACUAGGCUGCAUUAUACACUGCAAUGGAUAUUCCAAACCUGAUUCCAGCCUGCUCUUCUCUUGCUGAUCAAAACGUUUUUGUGUGCUGCCUAACCAAUGGCUGUGCUGUGUAGACCUAUGGUGGCAGUUCAGGAGGAGAGUCAAAGGCUUCGUCUGAUUUGUUUUUUUGAUUAGGCCUAGUCAAAAACAUUUUGGGGGAUUAGGCCUUGUCAAAAAAAAAUGGCGUGCCGACUACCCUAUAGCCUAUGUUCUGUUCAGUUUGAGAAGGAGAGCGCGAAAAGGAUGACCGGAGGUCAACUUUGAUAGCUUGCUACUACUAGAAUUUAUUUGAUUAAAAACAAUAUGUUUCUUGUCCAUUAUGUAUUUAUCAGAGUUAUUGACCUCACAAUAAACCAGAUUCAAGUAAUUUACAUUGUGGUGCUGAAACUGGAACCGCAGCUGCUGUGCAAUCAAUCGGGAAUAGACAACUUGUGGUGCUGAAAGUAGGUAAAUUCGAGUAGGCUUAAUUUACUUGUGUUGGAGCCUAACUCUUCCUAUUUAAGAAAUAAGAGGUAGGCCUACCUGUUUGACAGACAAAAUUAGGCUAUAGGCUGUUAUAUCCAUAGAUUUGUUGGUCAAUUCCUCCACCCACCAUGCACUCUUUAAAUAGCCUACCUCCGUGUCAGUGAAAAACUGUUAAGUUAAAACCAAUACUCGAAUUGAGGGGCUGUGAGAGGGUAAGAGAGGGUAUGCCAUAGGCCUACCUUUUAUUAAAGAAAAUGGCAAAAAGCAAAGGCCUACCUACCCAUUGUUAUCUUAAGAUUUUGAAGAAAAUAAAACAGAUCUGAUUAUAUAAAGUGAUCUAUGACAGCGCUUUGGUCCGCAAUGCUUUACGCUAGAAACAAGCUGUAAAAUACCUGGGAAAGACGUGACUCUGAUGUACAGUGCUAUGAAAAAUGUUGGCCCACUCUUCCAUGCAGAACUGCUUUAACUCAGUGACGUGUGGGUUUUCAAGCAUGAACUGCUCGUUUCAAGUCCUGCCACAACAUCUCAAUUGGGAUUAGGUCUGGACUUUGACUAGGCCAUUCCAAAACUUCCAAUUUGUUGCUUUUUAGCAAUUUUCAUGUAGACUUGAUUGUGUGUUUUGGAUCAUUGUCUUGCUGCAUGACCCAGCUGCGCUUCAGCUUCAGCUCACAGACGGAUGGUCUGACAUUCUCCUGUAGAAUUCUCUGAUACAGAGCAGAAUUAAUGGUUCCUUCUAUUAAGGCAAGUCGUCCAGGUCCUGAGGCAGCAAUGCAUCCCCAAACCAUCACACCACCACCACCAUGCUUGACCUUUGGUAUGAUGUUCUUACUGUGGAAUGCAGUGUUUGGUUUUCGUCAGGCAUAAUGGGACCCAUCUCGUCCAAAAAGUUGACUCAAGUUUGCCAAAAAGCACCUGGAUGAUCAUCAAGACUCUUGGAAGAACGUUCUAUGGACAGAUGAUUCAAAAGUAUAACUUUUUGGACGACAUGGUUCCAGUAAUGCCUGGCAAAAACCAAACAAAAUUUGGUUGGAGUCAUUGCAGCUAAAGGUGGCACAACCAGUUAUUGAGUGUAAGGGGGCAAAUAUUUUUCACACAGGGGAAUUGGGUGUUGCAUAACUUUAUGAAAUAAAUGUGUAAUUGUUGUGUUAUUUGUUCACUUAUGUUCCCUUAAUAUUAGGUUUUGGUUGAAGAUCUGAUAACAUUCAGUAUCACAAAUAUGCAAAAGUAGAGAAAAUUAGAAAGGGGGCAAAUACUUUUUCAUAGUACUGUAUAUGGGAAUAUCAUUGUUUAGUUUCUUUGACAUUCAGAGGCUAAGCUACAACCUUCUAUAGCCCAGGAGACAAAACAUUGUCUUUGCUUGGGAAGUCAUCUCAUUGUGUCACUAUCAAUUGAUUAAGCUGUUCCCUUUCUGUACAAUAGAAGAUGUUUAAACCCAGACAGCUUUUAGAGAAACACUUGUGACCUUCUCUUGUUAGGUUAAACCACAGAAGAAGAGUAGCAGGCAGUUAAAUCUUACAUAUUUCUGUGUCGGUAGGCCUACCUUGUCUGGGGUGGAAAGUUAGGCCUAACUUUUGAAAGUACCAUGCUCAGAUUCCUAAUGAUGUCUCAGAUGUAAUUAUUUUCAUUGCAAAUAAGACACUGAUUUGGCAUUGGAGAAAUAUAAGAUUUAACACAUAGGCCUAUCUCUCUGUCCAUUCUAAGCCUGUAAUUUGGGUAAUUUGUGUGUUAUUAAAAAAGAUUAAGCUAAUAAGUAAAAUGACGUAGAAUUUUCUCAGACCUGCAAAUACGAUGCUAGAUUAAUUUACAUUUACAUUUACAUCAUUUAGCAGACUUACAAAUUGGUGCAUUCAACUUAUGAUAGCCAGUGGGACAACCACUUCUUUUUUUUCUUUUCUUUUUAAUGGGGGGGGGGGGGGGGGGGGUAGAAGGAUUACUUUAUACUAUUCCAGGUAUUCCUUAAAGAGGUAGGGUUUCAAGUGUCUCCGGAAGGUGGUCAGUGACUCCACUGUCCUGGCGUCAUGGGGGAGCUUGUUCCACCAUUGGGGUGCAAGAGCAGCAAAUAGCUUUGACUGGGCUGAGCGGGAACUGUGCUUCCGUAGAGGUAGGGGAGCUAGCAGGCCAGAGGUGGAUGAACGCAGUGCCCUCGUUUGGGUGUAGGGUCUGAUCAGAGCCUGAAGGUAAGGAGGUGCCAUUCCCCUCACAGCUCCGUAGGCAAGCACCAUGGUCUUGUAGUAGAUGCGAGCCUCAACUGGAAGCCAGUGGAGUGUGCGGAGGAGGGGGGUGACGUGAGAGAACUUGGGAAGGUUGAACACCAGACGGGCUGCGGCAUUCUGGAUGAGUUGUAGGGGUUUAAUGGCACAGGCAGGGAGCCCAGCUAACAGCGAGUUGCAGUAAUCCAGACGGGAGAUGAAAAGUGCCUGGAUUAGGACCUGUGCCGCUUUCUGUGUAAGGUAGGGUCGUACUCUGCGAAUGUUGUAGAGCAUGAACCUGCAGGAUCGGGUCACCGCUUUGAUAUAGGCGGAGAACGACAAGGUGUUGUCCAGGGUCACGCCAAGGUUCUUUGCACUUUGGGAGGAGGACACAAUGGAGUUGUCAACCAUGAUGGCGAGAUCAUGGAGCGGGCAGUCCUUCCCCGGGAGGAAGAGCAGCUCCGUCUUGCCGAGAUUCAGCUUGAGGUGGUGAUCCGACAUCCACACUGAUAUGUCUGCCAGAAAGGCCGAGAUGCGAUUCGCCACCUGGUUAUCAGAAGGGGGAAAGGAGAAAAUGAAUUGUGUGUCGUCUGCGUAGCAAUGAUAGGAGAGACCAUGUGAGGAUAUGACAGAGCCAAGUGACUUGGUGUAUAGAGAGAAUAGGAGAGGGCCUAGAACUGAGCCCUGGGGGACACCAGUGGUGAGAGCACGCCACCUGGUAGGAGCGACCUGUCAGGUAGGACGCAAUCCAAGAGUGAGCAGCGCUGGAGAUGCCCAACUCGGAGAGGGUGGAGAGGAGGAUCUGAUGGUUCACAGUAUCAAAGGCAGCGGAUAGGUCUAGAAGGAUAAGAGCAAAGGAGAGAGAGUUAGCUUUAGCAGUGCGGAGAGCCUCCGUGACACAGAGAAGAGCAGUCUCAGUUGAAUGACCAGUCUUGAAACCUGACUGGUUUGGAUCAAGAAGGUCAUUCUGAGAGAGAUAGCAGGAGAGUUGGCUAGAGACGGCACGCUCAAGAGUUUUGGAGAGAAAAGAAAGAAGGGAUACUGGUCUGUAGUUGUUGACAUCGGAGGGAUCGAGUGUAGGUUUUUUGAGGAGGGGUGCAACUCUCGCUCUCUUGAAGACGGAAGGGACAUGGCCAGCGGUCAAGGAUGAGUUGAUGAGCGAGGUGAGGUAAGGGAGAAGGUCUCCGGAAAUGGUCUGGAGAAGAGAGGAGGGGAUAGGGUCAAGCGGGCAGGUUGUUGGGCGGCCGGCUGUCACAAGUCACAAGAUUUCAUCUGGAGAGAGAGGGGAGAAAGAAGUCAAAGCAUAGGGUAGGGCAGUGUGAGCAGGACCAGCAGUGUCAUUUGACUUAAUAAAUGAGGAUCGGAUGUCAUCAACCUUCUUUUCAAAAUGGUUGAUGAAGUCAUCCACAGAGAGGGAGGAGGGAGGGGGAGGAGGAGGAGGAUUCAGCAGGGAGGAGAAGAUGGCAAAGAGCUUCCUAGGGUUAGAGGCAGAGGCUUGAAAUUUAGAGUGGUAGAAAGUGUCUUUGGCAGCGGAAACAGAGGAAGAGAAUGUAGAGAGGAGGGAGUGAAAAGAUGACAGGUCCGCAGGGAGUCUAGUUUUCCUCCAUUUCCGCUCGGCUGCCCGGAGCCCUCUUCUGUGAGCUCGCAAUGAGUCGUCAAGCCACGGAGCAGGAGGGGAGGACCGAGCCGGCCGGGAGGAUAGGGGACAUAGAGAGUCAGAAGAUGCAGAAAGGGAGGAGAGGAGGGUUGAGGAGGCAGAAUCAGGAGAUCGGAGGGAGAAGGAUUUAGCAGAGGGAAGAGAUGAUAGGAUGGAAGAGGAGAGAGUAGCCGGUGAGAGAGAGCAAAGGUUGCGACGGCACAUUACCAUCUGAGUAGGGGCAGAGUGAGUAGUGUUGGAGGAGAGCGAGAGAGAAAAGGAUACAAAGUAGUGGUCGGAGACUUGGAGGGGAGUUGCAGUGAGAUUAGUAGAAGAACAGCAUCUAGUAAAGAUGAGGUCAAGCGUAUUGCCUGCCUUGUGAGUAGGGGGGGGGACGGUGAGAGGGUGAGGUCAAAAGAGGAAAGGAGUGGAAAGAAGGAGGCAGAGAGAAAUGAGUCAAAGGCAGACGUAGGGAGGUUAAAGUCACCCAGAACUGUAAGGGGUGAGCCAUCCUCAGGAAAUGAACUUGUCAAGCUCAUUUAUGAACUCUCCAAGGGAACCUGGAGGGCGAUAAUUGACAAGGAUGUUAAGCUUGAAUGGGCUAGUGACUGUGACAGCAUGGAAUUCAAAUGAGGAGAUAGACAGAUGGGUCAGGGGAAAAAUAGAGAAUGUCCACUUGGGAGAGAUGAAGAUUCCUGUACCACCGCCGCGCUGACCAGAUGCUCUCGGGGUAUGCGAGAACACAUGGUUAGACUAGGAAAGAGCAGUAGGAGUAGCUGUGUUUUCUGUGGUAAUCCAUGUUUCCGUCAGCGCCAAGAAGUCGAGGGACUGGAGGGUAGCAUAGGCUGAGAUGAACUCUGCCUUGUUGGCCGCAGAACGGCAGUUCCAGAGGCUCCCAGAGACCUGGAACUCCACGUGGGUCGUGCGCGCAGGGACCACCAGAUUAGAGUGGCAACAGCCACGUGGUGUGAAGCGUUUGUAUGGCCUGUGCAGAGAGGAGAGAACAGGGAUAGACAGACACAUACUUGACAGGCUACAGAAAAAGGCUACAAUAAUGCAAAGGAGAUCGGAAUGAAAUGAACUAAACAUCUGGGAAAGCAAGAGAGCGGGCCUCCCUCACUUACGUUUCACUGAACACUCAAAUAUAACUCUCCCAACUUCCACUUUAGAAAUUAUAAUUGCUGUAACUACAGCGGUUCAAUGUUUUCUAUGAAUAGACUCUAACUUAGUUUAUUCAGCUAGCUAACUUGGUACAGAUUCAUGCAAUGUUUUAACUAUAAAGGAGAUCUUUCCACCCCUACUCUUGUCCACGGUGGUCUGAAAACUGACAACCUUCUGGCUCGCAGCCCUGUGCGCUAUCAAAGUUCCUGCGUUGCCAUGUAAUGCUUACAGGACGACGAACAGUUUCUAAAAGUCUGCUAUCCACUUUGUUUUAAUUAUUAUUUUGGGUAUAGAGGAGGGUCACUUGUUUUUUUUUUCAAGCAUUCAGGGAGGGUUUAGAUAAAAUAUAUUUUUCUGAAGGGAGGGCCAUCCAUUUUCAUUUCAGAGAGGUCGAUUUUCUCCAUGUAACCCUUAUUAUAAAUAACGUUUACUCCCUAAUGAGUGCGUCGUUGCCUGACUAUAUUGUUGAAGCAUGCCAGAUCUGGAUAGGUAUUUUACAUAUAAGCUAACCGUAUGAUAUGUUAUAGCAAUAUGGUGCCCGAAGGCACAGCCCACUGGGCACAAACUGGUUCUAUCAACAUUGUUUCAACAUAAUUUGUCAACGUAUUGUGAUGUGGAAUCUAUGUGGAAAAUACAUUGGAUUUGAAAAAAGUAAUCAAGGUAAACUGUUGUUUUGAGGGUGAGAUUUCAACCAAAGGAUUAUGUCAUCAUGAUAACCAAAUUUCUACAUAGACAAACCUUGUAUAAAAUAUGUUGAAUUUGUACCUUUAAAACAACAUCAGAUCUUCAAUGUAAUAUCAACUAUCAGAAAAAAAACUGCAGGCUGGGCAGCACCUCCUACUGAAUAAUUGAUUUAUCUACAGCUACCCUUUGAUUUCCCAUCCAGGGUUUUAACCAAGCCCUGCUUAGCUAUGAUAUUUGUCACUUACUAUUACCAAAGUGGUAUCAUGAGAAUGAUACUUGUGAAAUCUCCACUUAAAAACUAAAUAGAUUCACUGUUGCUAUCAAAGUCAUUCCAAAGGGUUGGUUUAACAUAGCAAAUGAAAUUUGACCAUACUUUGUUUCUUAUUUUUCUUUUUACAUUUCUUUUUUUUCUGCAUCACUUCCAAUCCCCCUGUGAUGAGUGUGAUAGAAGGAGUCAGGCGCAGGAGGGUAAAUCACCGAAUACAGAGUUUAUUCCGUCGUACACAAAUGCGGUGGAUAGCGACACACGAAAACAGGCACAGGGGAAACUAUCUACCCUGGCAAUACAUGGUAUGGGAUACUCCAACAAUAUACAGGCGCAGGGGAAAUAUCUACCCCGGCAAUACAAAGGGAGAGUAGCUCCACCGAGCUACACUACUCUCACAAAUAACAAUCACCCACAAGGACAAGGGGGCAGAGGGAACACUUAUACACAGACUAAUGAGGGGAUAAGAAUCAGGUGUGUAUAAUUGACAAGACAAGACAAAUGGAAUGAUGAGAUAUGGAGCAGCAGUGGCUAGUAAGCCGAUGUUGACAAACGCUGAAGCCUGCCCGAACAAGGAGGAGAGGCAGCCUCGGCAGAAGUCAUGACACCCCAAUAUGUUUUUUUUCUUUCUCGCAUAUAUAUAUAUAUAUAUAUAUAUAUAUACAUAUACAUACAUACACAUACAUAUACACAUACAUACAUAUAAAUACAUACAGUGGCUUGCGAAAGUAUUCACCCCCCUUGGCAUUUUUCCUAUUUUGUUGCCUUACAACCUGGAAUUCAAAUUGAUUUUUUGGGGGUUUGUAUCAUUUGAUUUACACAACAUGCCUACCACUUUGAAGAUGCAAAAUAAAAAAAAUUGUGAAAGAAACAAGAAAUAAGACAAAAAAACAGAAAACUUGAGCGUGCAUAACUAUUCACCAGCCCAAAGUCAAUACUUUGUAGAGCCACCUUUUGCAGCAAUUACAGCUGCAAGUCUCUUGGGGUAUGUCUCUAUAAGCUUGGCACAUCUAGUCACUGCUCCAGCUCCUUCAAGUUGGAUGGGUUCCGCUGGUGUACAGCAAUCUUUAAGUCAUACCACAGAUUCUCAGUUGGAUUGAGGUCUGGGCUUUGACUAGGCCAUUCCAAGACAUUUAAAUGUUUCCCCUUAAACCACUCGAGUGUUGCUUUAGCAGUAUGCUUAGGGUCAUUGUCCUGCUGGAAGGUGAACAUCCGUCCCAGUCUCAAAUCUCUGGAAGACUGAAACAGGUUUCCCUCAAGAAUUUCCCUGUAUUUAGUGCCAUCAUUCCUUCAAUUCUGACCAGUUUCCCAGUCCCUGACGAUGAAAAACAUCCCCACAGCAUGAUGCUGCCACCACCAUGCUUCACUGUGGGGAUGGUGUUCUCGGGGUGAUGAGAGGUGUUGGGUUUGCGCCAGACAUAGCGUUUUCCUUGAUGGCCAAAAAGCUCAAUUUUAGUCUCAUCUGACCAGAGUACCUUCUUCCAUAUGUUUGGGGAGUCCCACCCACACGUUCGCUUAUUUUUUUCUUUAAGCAAUGGCUUUCUUCUGGCCACUCUUCUGUAAAGCCCAGCUCUGUGGAGUGUACAGCUUAAAGUGGUCCUAUGGACAGCUACUCCGAUCUCUGCUGUGGAGCUUUGCAGCUCCUUCAGGGUUAUCUUUUGUCUCUUUGUUGCCUCUGAUUAAUGCCCUCCUCGCCUGGUCCGUGAGUUUUGGUGGGCAGCCCUCUCUUGUCAGGUUUUUUCCGGUGCCAUAUUCUUUCAACCCUGAUCUGUACUUCUCCACAACUUUGUCCCUGAUCUGUUUGGAGAGCUCCUUGGUCUUCAUGGUGCCACUUGCUUGGUGGUGCCCCUUGCUUAGUGGUGUUGCAGACUCUGGGGCCUUUCAGAACAGGUGUAUAUAUACUGAGAUCAUGUGACAGAUCAUGUGGCACUUAGAUUGCACACAGGUGGACUUUAUUUAACUAAUUAUGUGACUUCUGAAGGUAAUUGGUUGUACCAGAUCUUAUUUAGGGGCUUCAUAGCAAAGGGGGUGAAUACAUAUGCAUGCACCACUUUUCCGUUAUUUAUUUUUUAUAAUUUUUUGAAACAAGUAAUUUUUUUCAUUUCACUUCACCAAUUUGGACUAUUUUGUGUAUGUCCAUUACAUGAAAUCCAAAUAAAUAUCCAUUUAAAUUAGAGGUUGUAAUGCAACAAAAUAGGAAGAAUACGGCAGGUAGCUUAGUGGUUAAGAGCGUUGUGCCAGUAACAGAAAGGUCGUUGGUUCUAAUCCCCGAGCCGACUAGGUGAAAAAUCUGUUGUUGUGCCCUUGAGCAAGGCACUUAACCUUAAUUGCUCCUGUAAGUCACUCUGGAUAAGAGCGUCUGCUAAAUGACUAAUUAUUUUUAUUUUUUAUGUACAUUUCAUAGUUCGUGGUCCUCUAUAGCUCAAUUGGUAGAUCAUGGCGCUUGUAAUGCCAGGGUAGUGGGUUUGAUCCCUGGGACCACCCAUAAGUAAAAAUGUAUGCACGCAUGACUUUAAGUCGCUUUGGAUAAAAGCGUCUGCUAAAUGGCAUAUUAUAUUAUUACUUUUGCAAGGCACUGUAUGGGGGAUACAACCAUCCCAGCUCUGCAGAUUUAGCUGCAAAUAGACAGAAUAAUUUGAUAGUUUGUUUUGCUACUGUCUAUAUGUAGCUUGUUUUUGGUUGUAGGUUCAGGAAUGGCUGAAGAAUUGCAACAUUUACCUGGAGCUAACUCUGCAAACAGCACUGCUGGGUGAUUUAAAAAGUAAUAGUCAAUCGAUCAAUAAUAUAAUAAUACUCUUAGCAAAAAUGUUUAUCUUUAAUUCACAAUCUGUAGAAACAAUGAGAAUAGAAAGGUUCAGAACUUUUGUGAAACAUCACAGCAAAAUAUAUUGCAAAUAGAAAUCUAAACUGGAGGAUCUUCAGAGAUAGAUGGGAGGGGUUGAGGGUAGCUGAAGGGUGGGACUAAAAACAAACAAAAGAUAACUAUUGUAAAAUAUACUGUGUCCGUAAAAUGUAUAUAGUAUGUAUAAGAUGGAAAAAGAAGCCUAAGUGUUGUUGCCCAUUAGUUUACUCCAAUUUGGGGAUCGGUGGUAGGGUAAAAAAAACCAAAAAAACAAUUAUUGAUAUGUUGGAUUCACGUCUCUAUCUCAACCAAAAAUCUAAAUAAAAAAUUGGAAUAAAUCAAAUCAAACUUUAAAUGCACUUUAAAUAAAGUUUAAGUUGAUUUAGGUCUAUUCUUCAACUUAGAUUUUUGGUUGAAAUGGAUACGUGAAUCCAACAUAUCAAUUAUUAAUUUGUAGACAAACUGGAAUUAAAGCCAGACUAAGUCAGUGGCACUGAUGGAACUAUCCAAGCAGAAGAUACAUCUCCUUCAAAUGUUGAUAUUUGGUUGCGUUGACAACUAAACACAAUUCAAUAUCACUUUUGCAAUGCAUUAAAUAACCUAUUAACUUGUCGACAAAUUAACAAAUUAUAUGUUGGAUUCACGUCUCCAACUAAACCAAAAAUAAAAGUUAAAGAAUAGGAUUAAGCCAGUGCCUCAGAUGAAACUAUCCAAGCAUUGGAUACAUCUCCUUUAAGUUUUAAAAUUUGGUUGCAUUGUCAAUUCGAUAAUACUUUUGUAAUACAGUAAAUAGCCUAAAGGUAAGGCUAUCUUACAAAAUGUAACAGUUUUUAUUCAACCUUAAAAUUAGUAACCGAUCCAUGGCCACAUGGAGCUUACUGUAACUAUAAAAGUAUUAUUAUGUAAUCAUAGAAAGUGUGUAUGUUCAAGAUAGCAUGCAAAGGUCGCUGGUCUGUGGGUUUUUCAGGAUAUAAAUAUCUGUGCAGAAUCUCGAACAUCAUUGAUCACUUGCACUAUGUACUGUGAAUGUAAUCUCAACUGCAAUCCAGGUAAUUUUGGUUAUGCUAUUAGAUGAAGCACAUUAAGUUAUUGUAUAAAUACAAAAUAUCUCCCAUUUGAACUUUGUUGUGCUUUUAAAUGGUUUAAAGUGCAUUGAUAACACAUUUAGAUGACAACAAAACCAAAAAUCUGAUAUUGUUUUUCCAUUGGAAUUUGGUUGUGCUAACACAUUGGGAAUUCAACAAACUUCAGGCUGUCUUUUUGAGUGGGUGAAUAAAGGUUGAAAUCUCAUCGGUCAACAUCUCAACCAAAGAUUACCCACAUUUCCACUGUGAAAUGACAUGGUGUGCCCAGUGGGAGGCCUUGGUUAGCAAACAUGUUACAUUAGCAGCAAACUUUGUAUCAAACGAUGAGUUUGUCUGGGAGAAAUGGCCGGAAAGAGGCACAUCAUAGAUUCACCUAAUUAUACCAACCAGAGAGAUACAAUAUUGUAGGCUACAGGCCUACCUUUUCAGCAGGCAUGGCUACACUAGGAAACAUAUCUUUAUCCUAGAGGGUUAGGUUCAGUCUGUCCAAAGAACUACAGCACAGGAGGCACCAAUCAAAGUUGGAAUCGAUGAUCUGGAGUCAUCAUAGCCAAGCAUAUUUGAACUCUAAAUGAGAUGCUAUGUUUUCUCGUCUGUCUGUUCCUAGUGAUGAAUGGGGGUGAAAAUGUGUUGCCUGAACACUGAUUAGUCUUCAAGCUAAAAUGUUGGCUGCAUUGGCUCUGUAUACUUAAUAGAGUCUAAGGUUUCACAGUGCUCCCUGCCAGGGAAACACAGAGAGAGGGAGACAGAGGUGGAAAAGAAUAACUUAAUUUGUUCCUCAUGCUGCUGAAUGUGUAUUCAGUCUAUUCACCAAAAGCACAUUCAGACCAAAGUCAACAACUCUUAAAAUACAUUGUGGAACAGUAACAGUCAAGCUGGGAUGCAGACACACUCUCAAUAAACUUCCUAGGAUUUAUUUCUCUUUUGAUAUUGCAUAGACUACAAUCGUACACAUUAAAACCUGACUUCCAUGAAGGACUGAGUAAGAUCUAUAGCAUGAAUGAUACAGUCUGAGAGUCUGAGAUUGCCCUGUCCAAUGGUGAUCUCUUCUUCAUGAUCUUCUAUGACUUUUUUUUCAUUUCACGUUCCCUCUGAAACACUGACUACAACCCCAUCUGUGUGUCUGUCUGUCUGUGUUUCUGUAGUUUCUUCCAAGGAGUUGGUGGAGAUCUGCUGUGAGACUGGGGAGAAGUGGGCCUCAGCGAACGGCCACUGCAGCAACAUGGAGCUCCCCAGAGAGGAUAGACACUCCAUCUGUCGGUAAGCCCAUGGAGACACACUGGACACAAGUACUAGGAUGCCCAAUUCCUGUGUAGUAAUUCCUCAUUGGUAGGGACCUGAGUUUUUCCUGGUCAUGCUCAGGGUCCUACUUAGCUACAGAACGUCUUAUAAAUGUCAGCUUUACUGCUUUCACUAUGCCAAUGAGGGAUGGCCUGUCUGCCAAGUUUGUUUCUGCUUCAGCCAACUUGUCGUUGAUGGCAAUGCAACUAUGCAUUAAUUUAGUUCAUUCUAAUUUGUGUACUUUUUUAGCGUACUUAAAAUAUGAUCAUCUAAUAAAUGUAUUCUUAGGUGGGCCCAUGUCAUUAUUGUAUAGCAUGAUUCAAUGAAAGUUAGUAGUAUUUGUCGUUGAUGUUUUGAAUAUGAAGGGAAUGAUAUGACUUUCUAUCUUCAAUUUGAUUACCAGUGCCAAUAUCAAAACCAAAUAUUUUACAGGCCCUCUCAUAAUCUUUCGAAAAUGACAUUAUAUUGCACAGCAUACUAGUGUGAAUGUUUGCCUUAAUAGACUUCCAAUUUGGUUCCAUAACAAUUCCAGACAAUGCUGGUUUUGGCCAGAGGUAGGCACAGCUAGCCAACCCACCAUUAGUCUAGGACCACAGUUAGGCCUAGGUACAGUCAAAACACUGCCUCACAUUCUAACAUCUCUCCUGUGUUUCUCUCUUUCUCUGCCAGGACGGCUCAGAAACAGUGCUGUCUGGGCUCUCUGAAGGAGAGUCGCUGUUUCUCUGGUAUGACUGCAGCCAGAGAAGGAACUGUGUGUGAGGUGGACAACAAUGACGAGUGUGGAGCCGAUUCCUACAAGGUAAAGGUGCUUCCCAUGGUUCAGUUGGUUGUUUGCUGGUGCUACAUCAGAGUUGUGGGUUUGAUUCCCACAUAGGCCACAUUACAUACAGUGCCUUGCAAAAGUAGUCAUCCCCCUUGGCGUUUUUCCUAUUUUGUUGCAUUACAACCUGUAAUUUAAAUGGAUUUUUAUUUGAAUUUCAUAUAAUGGACAUACACUAAAUAGUCCAAAUUGGUGAAGUGAAAUGAAAAAAAAUAACUUGUUUCAUAAAAUUAUAAAAAAUGAAUAACGGAAAAGUGGUGUGUGCAUAUGUAUUCACCCCCUUUGCUAUGAAGCCCCUAAAUAAGAUCUGGUACAACCAAUUACCUUCAGAAGUCACAUAAUUAGUUAAAUAAAGUCCACCUGUGUGCAAUCUAAGUGUCACAUGAUCUGUCACAUGAUCUCCGAAUAUAUACCUGUUCUGAAAGGCCCCAGAGCCUGCAACACCACUAAGCAAGGGGCACCACCAAGCAAGCGGCACCAUGAAGACCAAGGAGCUCUCCAAACAGGUCAGGGACAAAGUUGUGGAGAAGUACAGAUCAGGGUUGGGUUAUAAAAAAAUAUCAGAAACUUUGAACAUGCAACGGAGCACCAUUAAAUCCAUUAUUUAAAAAAUUGAAAGAAUAUGGCACCACAACAAACCUGCCAAGAGAGGGCCGCCCACCAAAACUCACAGACCAGGCAAGGAGGGCAUUAAUCAGAGAGGCAACAAAAAGACCAAAGAUAACCCUGAAGGAGCUGCAAAGCUCCACAGCGGAGAUUGGAGUAUAUGUCCAUAGGACCACUUUAAGCCGUACACUCCACAGAGCUGGGCUUUACGGUAGAGUGGGCAGAAAAAAGCCAUUGCUUAAAGAAAAAAUAAGCAAACACGUGGGAGAGACUCCCCAAACAUAUGGAAGAAGGUACUCUGGUCAGAUGAGACUAAAAUUGAGCUAUUUGGCCAUCAAGGAAGACGCUAUGUCUGGCGCAAACCCAACACCUCUCAUCACCCCGAGAACACCAUCCCCACAGUGAAGCAUGGUGGUGGCAGCAUCAUGCUGUGGGGAUGUUUUUCAUCGGCAGGGACUGGGAAACUGGUCAGAAUUGAAGGAAUGAUGGAUGGCGCUAAAUAUAGGGAAAUUCUUUUUCAGUCUUCCAGAGAUUUGAGACUGGGACAGAGGUUCACCUUCCAGCAGGACAAUGACCCUAAGCAUACUGCUAAAGCAACACUUGAGUGGUUUAAGGGGAAACAUUUAAAUGUCUUGGAAUGGCCUAGUCAAAGCCCAGACCUCAAUCCAACUGAUAAUCUGUGGUAUGACUUAAAGAUUGCUGUACACCAGCAGAACCCAUCCAACUUGAAGGAGCUGGAGCAGUUUUGCCUUGAAGAAUGGGCAAAAAUCCCAGUGGCUAGAUGUGCCAAGCUUAUAGAGACAUACCCCAAGAGACUUGCAGCUGUAAUUGCUGCAAAAGGUGGCUCUACAAAGUUUUGACUUUGGGGUGUGGGGGGAGGGGGGGGGUUGUCUUAUCUCUCGUUUGUUUCACACAUUUUUUUAUUUUGCAUCUUCAAAAUGGUAGGCAUGUUGUGUAAAUCAAAUGAUACAAACCCUCAAAAAAUCAAUUUUAAUUCCAGGUUGUAAGGCAACAAAAUAGGAAAAAUGCCAAGGGGGGUGAAUACUUUCGCAAGCCACUGUAUAGUGAGUAAUGUUCUGUUGUUCUUGCCACAACCAACUCCUUGAAAAAGAUGCAAUGCUGUGCACAUGACUCCUACUUCUGUUUUAACACUGGAUAUAUGUGCUUGGAUUUGGAUGAAAUAAUUUGUUAAAUGUCCAGAUAUUCUUAUGUGACCCUGUUUCCUGAACUGUUCAACGAGCUGACCGAAUUGUACACUGUCAGUCCCCAGAAUGAUUUAAGGUUAAACAUAGCCUACCUGGAUUGAAUUUAAAUCAAACCAAAUAUCUCUACAAGACAUGAAUAGCCACAGUUUCAAUGUAUAGUACAGAGACAACUUUAAAAGUAGUUAAAAGAUAACCUCCCUGCAGAUUUCGACUGGCCCUAGUUAUUGCCAGUGAAGACCACACCAAUCAGGAGGACCAUUUAGAAUCCCUCUGUGAUUCAAUUACCUCUCAUUCAAUUUAGACAAUUUAGAGAGGAAGGACCAUGUUUGUGGUCCAAGGUUCCCACAGCUUUAUGGUUCACAGUCAUGAAACGAGGUUGCAGUACUGCAGGAGAUGUCUCAUACCUUUUUCACCAUCCUCUCUAAAUCAAUAGCUUGUACUCGCUGGUAUUUUGGAAACAGCAAUGAUACUGUAUUUAAUAUUUCUGGGGAAUGUAUAGCUAUGUAGGCCAAGGUCUGUUAUGGUUAUCAGUGAGAGUAAAAUCGUUGUGAUGUAGUUUGGAGUAGAAGCGUAUUAGCCCAUAUUUCCUGAACCAUUAAUCUGCCAUCAUACCUGUGUUCCAGGAAGUACCCAGAGCGCCCAAAAGAAGGGGCCAUUAUAUAAUCAAGGCCUUGGUGUAAUGUUAAAUAUUGUUUUUUACCACCCCACCAUGGGCUCUACAUAACUCAAGUCGUAUAACACUUCUGCACAGCCACACUAUAUCCUGAUGGUCACUAUUUCAGUUUUAUGUUUCACUCUCCCCCAUGUAGCCUGAACGAUAUCCUGCUGAGGGCUGAGAGGGAGGGAAGAUAGAGGGUUGAAAUGAGGGAGAGAGGUGGGGAUAGAUGUGAAAGAGGAACUCUGAGUUCUGAGUUUUAUAUGAAACUCCUUAAACAUAGCAUACAGUAUAUUGUUUGACCGUACAGUCUUCUUCCAGUCAGGCACACUUGAUAUGGUACACACGGUAGUCUGAUGUUGAAUCUGCCCACCAUAUAGGAGUGUUGUAGCUGCUGCUCUCUGGGGCUGAGGUUCCGUAGCGAGGGCCACCGCUGUGAGGCUCACAAGUACCUGGGUUACCCCUGCAGCCACGUCUUCCUCACCUGCUGUGAGGGAGAGGAGGGGGGGGCAGGGGAGGAGGGACAGGGAGGAGAGGGAGACGGCUGGGACACGCUCAAAGAGAGACCCGCACUGGACCCCACUGCAGUGGCAAAAAGAGGUAGAGUCUUGCAGACACGCACGCACACACUACACACACCACUGCACUCUCAAGGGGUAGUGUAACACACCAGUGUACUGCCAAAGAAAGGCACAAACGAGAGCCUCUUUACCUCUCCUUACUAAAGAGAGGCUUUGUAGAGGACUCUUCCCACUUUGUGCACCACACUGCCCUACCAGAGUGAAGGUAGGUUAUUACUAUACUGUACAAUAUUUUACAAGUGAUAGAGUUCCUGUUCUGUAUUCUCUUGUAUCCAACUGCCUUGGUUCAUCUGCUUUACUUGACUCUAUUAUACUGUACAACAUAGAGGUAAGGCUAUUAGUGACAGUCCUCUCUCCUUGCUCUGUAGUGUCAGACAGCCCGUUCCCUAAAGAGGCCUUCUCCAUCGGGGAGGAGGAGGAGCAGGAGAGGGAGAACACGGUGGAGGGCCCUCCGGAGGUGGAGGAUGUAGAUGAGUGCCAGGUGUACCAGAGGACACUGUGCCACCACAGGUGUAUCAACACCCCUGGCUCCUUCAGGUGUGCCUGUUACCCUGGCUAUGUGCUGCAGCAGGACACGGCCAGCUGUGUACCAGGUAAAGGAAAACUGCUCGUAGGUUGUUAGAAUAUGUCAGACCAUGCACCUUACAGUACUCCACUAUACUGUAUGUGAAAGAUCACUUCGCUAAUAGCCUGGGUGUCUGACUGUUUCGGCAUUCAAUAACGGCACACAGUUGCCUUAAUUGGCAAGACGACGGCAAGUUGGAGAAAGUGGAAACAGAUUGGCACCCCUAAAGUAUAUAACAGUUAUGUAAAUGUAAGUCCAUAAAACCACUGAGAGAGGGCUGAUUCUGGAGUGUAGUACCUUUGUGACAGGUACGUUGUGCCAAAUAGAUAGAUGCUGUACCUGUAUAUCGUUAACGUCUCAUACUGUUUUGAUAAAGCCUCUUGUCACAGUUAUUAUAACAGUAGCCUACAUGCAUUUAGAUAAGUAAAGAAAGUAUUUCCAGGUAUUUCCAACCUGCUGUACUGUAGGCUACUGUAAGUGUGCCAUACCUUUAAUGGGGCUUUCACCAGCACAAGCCUGUCUCAACAGGAAUCUGAUGUGAGACCUACUUUACAGAAAAUGACAGUUAGUCCCAAUAAUAAAAACAGGUUUGUCUGCAGACCAUGCCUUUUCCUGUCGUACCCCAACUCUCUCGCUUUCUGAGGGAACUUUCAUCUGUGCUCUGUUGCUGUCUAGCCUCAUAUCUGUGGAUGAAUUGAAGGCAUUUCACAGAUUUCUCCUUAUCCGCAAAGAUAGGAUGACUCUGGGUGGUUUGUUGGUUAUACUGUUUAAUUAGUAUUUUCCGUGAUGAGAAUAGUCCUGUUUUCACAGAGACGGUGGAUGAAGAGAACAGACUGAGAGAGGAUGACAGGCCAGAGGUUGAGUCUACCUCCACCGUACCCCCCACCACUCCAACCCCUGUAAACCCAUGUGAGGGUGAGUAGAACCUGACUGUAGGCCAGGGUGGUGCCUAUCUACUGUAAACCUGGCAGACCCCAAUGUCUACUGUGUUUUCAUAUGUUCAAAUCAGUGAUUAGUUUUGAUAGGAGAACCCAAAUGCAUGUCUGGAACCAUUAGGGAACAGCCUAUUAGGUAGGAAACAGUCAUUAGACAGCCAUCCGGUCCCUUAAGAGACCCCAAGGCCCGUAAGGUUUUCAGUUAUGCACCCUUCUAUUGUGAUUCAUGUCACAUUCCUUCACAUUACCGUUUUUUCCUCAAUACCAUUCGAUACCAUUCCAUUAAUUCCGUUCCAGCUAUUACCAUGAGCCCGUCCUUCCCAAUUAAGGUUCCACCAACCUCCUGUGGUUUAAAUGUCACAUACAAGUAUACAGAUUGCAUCGAAGGCCAUGAAGCUCCUGUGUGUAUUGAGAAGUCUCCAGCUAUCCCUGUGUAGUCCAGCAUAUUAUAUCUAGUGGGGAGGUCUCCUCAGGGUGUUUGUUUGCCUCCAUAACUCAAGGGUGGGGUCCGGUCCCAGCGGGCCACAGGAGGAAAUACAAUACGAACAGGUCAGGGGUCAAAGUGGAAACAGGAAAUGAGUGAAUAGGGAUACAGAAAAUCACACCAAGGUUAUCUAACACACACACGCAAGGCCAGGGACUUGCCCACUCUGACUUAUGUCACCCUGACUACUGUUGUGUUUUGGUGUGAUGUUGUGCCCCUCUGAGCAGGAAAUAGUCCCUGUAUGCAACAGUGCUCCCCAGUGGCCGGAAGGCCUCACUGCUCCUGUUUCCCAGGGUUCUCUCUGAUGGCUGACAGGCAAUCCUGUGACGGUAAGGGACACACACACACACACACGCACACACACACACACACACUAAUCCCCUUUUUUUCACAAUGACACUGGAGGAGGAGACGCUCGGCUGCAGACAAACAGAACCUUAUAUUCAGAGGCAGGCUCCACUAUGGGAUUAAAUGAGUUUCUAUCUAUGCGAUCUCAUACUGUACCUACACUACUACACGUCACACACGUCUACUGGUUGAGAUCUCCCUGAGCAAAUCAAAUCAACACACAAUAUGGGAUUGUGUGGUUGUAUGGUUCAGUGGCGGUCGGUGCCGUUUAAGAUGAGGGAGGACGAUUUUUCUAUUUUUAUGAGCAUGGCCUUAUUUCUAUUGCAGCAUAUUGGAUGACUGUCAUUCAUAUUCCAUUCACCCAGUUCAAUGUAACAGCGGUUUAGGCUACUACAUGAUACUCAAAUUUUCCCUAUACCCAUCAUGAGGUUGCUACAACCUUGCCAUGGAAUGAAAGUUUACAACGUAGGUGCACACAGGUCGAGAGAAAAAGUUGAGGUGACAGACAGUGACACAUUCAAUACCGCCUUGCACACUCUUGCCUGCAUCUAGCUGAUCUAGGGUGUAAUCAUUAGUCCAACAGUUGCAAAUUAGAGUUUCUAUUGGACAAAUUCAGGUAUGUUUAUCCCAGUUUCGUUCCGUUUAAGAAACGUUUUUCAACAGAAUCGGCAGAAUGAAUACACCCUUGAUCACGCGUAAACACAGUUCACUGUCAUAGCAGCCACGUUGUGUUCCUUCUCGAAUCUAUGCGCUUUCCUCCUCUCACCGUUUCCCUUCGCUUGUGGACUUCAAUGCACAACACAUCAGCUGUAUGUGACAAGGCAAAAAAAACUUUACAAACCAUAUCAUAACCGCUACACACAUCCCACAUCGUUGUUACCAUAUUAGGUAAAGUAACGUCAUAGUCAACAUAGCUAAUAUAACUAAUGCAUUAGUAAACCCACUACAAUCAUGCAUUAACGUUACACUGUAAGCAGUUUAGCACUUACACCGUCGGGCCCCGGUGGCAAUACAUUAGUAAAAUCAAAGCUUACUUUGACUUCCAGUGUUGUGUUGGAUAGUCAUAGCCAGCUAGCUAACAUAGCAUCUCUCUGUUUGAGCAGGGUAAUUGAGUAGGCUAAACUAGCUAGCUGCAUUUGCUAGCUCAAUAAGUGAAACUGUAAAAAAAUGACUAUCUCUCUUUCUUGCUUCUUCUUCAUUUUGGAAGAAAUGUAUUUGUUCAAAACUGUUCAACUAUUGUCUUUCUCUCUCUUUGAGUCAACUACUCACAACAUUUUAUGCACUGCAGUGCUAGCUAGUUGUAGCUUAUGCUUUCAGUACUAAAUUCAUUCUCUGAUCCUUUGAUUGGGUGGACAACAUGUCAGUUCAUGCUGCAAGAGUUCUGAUAGGUUGGAGGACGUCCUCCGAAAGUUGUCAUAAUUACUGUGUAAGUCUAUGGAAGGGGGUGAGAACCAUGAGCCUCCUAGGUUUUGUAUUGAAGUCAAUGUACGCAGAGGAGGAUGGAAACUAGCUGUCCUCCAGCUACACCAUGGUGCUACCCUACAGAGUGCUGUUGAGGCUACUGUAGAACUUCAUUGCAAAAAAGAAAGUGAGUUUUAGUCAAUUAUUUGGGGAUGUAAAUGUAUUUAGUAUAGUUUCAUCUAAAAAGGAUAACUUUUUUAAUGUUUUACCAUUUUUAUUUUUAUGAAAUUCACUGAGGAAGAUGGUUGUCGUGACGUGCCUUUCAUUAUUGUGAUGACUAUUAUUUACUGAAUAAUUACCUACUAUGUUUAAUUGUUACUAGAUUAAAUUAAUCAUGUAACAAUUAACUCAUUAGAAAUGUGGGGCACCACGGGAAAAGUUGUUUAACGAGUUACCGUUUCCCGAAUUAACUCUAAAGGUAUCUUGAUAUCUCUUAUCAUUUAACAGUAAUUUAUUAAUCAUUUACCUCAUAUCAGUCUCAUUGUGAAAGUCGUAGACUUUUUAAUUCUGCACGAACCCGGGUCUUACUGAUCAUUCCGUACCACACAAAUUUAAUUAUUUAUUUACUAACUAAUUAAAAAUGAUAACACAAGAUACAAACACAUACACGGUAUAGGUAAGGAUUAGAAACUAACUAACACAAUAUGACACUUGUUACAAAAGAUAACGAUUUAAAGAGAGAGAGAGUGAGCGAGAGAAAACACUUGGAUACACAUGGACCUAUACUCCUAGUAAUCCUAAUAAUUUGCCAUGUACUGCCGCCCGUUUGGUAAGAAGUAAUGCAUGUAUUUACGUGUUUGUCUUCGUUGUCUCUGUUGGACCCAGGCCUUCGUGGGAAGGGUCGAUUGGGCCUUCUCUUUUCGGAUGGCCUUUUAGAUGUAAGGUUCAGAUGUAAGGCUCAGAUUGUCCACAAGAGGUCACAAUGUCCUUCUUCUUAGUCGUCUGUUUACUUUCACUCGUUCUGGAAGUGGUCUUCUGAGGACGGCUAAUCAGCUGUGUCGAUGAUCCCCUGUGUGGUGAUGAGAGCAGUGCAGUAGACGAUGGUUUGAAGAGAGUAACAUGAUGGUCCCACUUAAAUUCACCUUCUUAGAUACAGUACUUAGAACAGCUACUCAGCCGUAACAUUGAUUGUUAGUGGAGGCAACUUUGUCGUCUUCACUUCGUGUUGAUUUUCAGGGUCGGGACCAAUAUGGACAACAGCUGCAGCUUGAGGUCCGUCUAGUCUGAUCUGAUAAUUCUUAUCGCAGUCUUUUAUGCACUCUGGUAAAGAGGGGCGUUUCCGUCAUACUGACACGCUCUCUGAGCUCCCUCGGGCGUGGCUAGUUACGAGGCAAAAGUAUUAUCAUCACUAUGAUCUUGUUAGAAAGCUAAAAUCACAUUCCUAUCUUCACGAAAACAUUGUCUUCCUCCUUGAUAUUUUCUACCCAAUGUAAAGGAUGUAUACCUGAUGUACACAGUGUAAAAGCUCUUCAAGUCACAAUGUUUUCAUAUAAUGCCUUUAUACCAUUUUUAAUGACAUUACAAAAUAGACAUACAUUUUACAUAUUCCAUUUCUCAUCAUUCCCAACAUUUGGAGGUUGAAAUAUAUUGUCCCAAUGUUCAUUGUUGGAUGUUGAGGUUUUUGGGCGGCGAAAGUCUCUGAAACAAAGGACAUUCCUUUCACCAUACUACAGGGCCAGAGAUAGAUGAUGUGUCAAGACCGGCACAGCCCCCCCCCCCCCCCCCCCCCGUGGGUAAGAGGGUCUGGUUGUUGUCGACCAUUGUCUUGGCUGAUAUGAGGACCUUUGAUCCUCACCCAGGGGGAGUCAUGACAUGGUCCUCCACUGGUAUGGUUGUGUGGUUGUAUGGUCGUGUGGUUGUAUGGUUCUUAUGAUGAAGCUGAUUAGUGAGCUACAGUAUCUGUUUAAGUCGUCUCGUAGAAUGCAUACGUUAUGUCACACUGUGUUAGAGAUUGCUCUGAUUCCACAUUAAAGGGAUAAGCCAUCUCUUCUUGCAGACUAAGACUUCCUGCUUGAUGGCGGUGGACUGUUCUGUUGUGACAUGGUGAAUGGUGGUGCAGUGUGUUAUCGAUCUCUCCCCAAUCCCUUCUCUCUGUGGAGGCCAAGGCCAGGGCCAUGCAGACUGCUUAAUCUAGCUGGGACUGGCACUGUGUUGCACUGAGAAUUACACAUGACUAGAGGUGACUAUAGGGGUUAUUCCAAUGUGCUUACUUUCUCUCUGUUCUCUCUCACUCUCUCGUUCUCUCUCUCUCCCUCUUCCUCUUUCCCCCCCUCACUCUCUUUCCACACAGAUAUCAAUGAGUGUAUGAUGUCCACCCGUACCUGUCAGAUGAACGAGCGCUGUGUGAACACGGCUGGGAGUUUUGAGUGUCAGCGUCAGAUCACCUGUCCUCUGGGUUACCAGAUCAGCAACGAUGUCUGUGAAGGUACUGUAGCUGCAAUUUGUAGCAGCGCCCAAAGCAUUCACUCUCCGGUAGGCCCAUGUAUAGUUGUAACUUGUAGCAACACAACAACUGUGCAUUACCUUGACCUUUCACAAUGUGAUAGGCAGCUCCCAACCUUUCACAAUUGUUUAGUUUUACAGUCAUAGUUGCCAGCCUUGGGAGUGACUAUGAGUCAAAGGUUUGGAGCUGCCUAUCAGAUCUGGAACCAUUCAUCAUGUAAGCUACAAUGCAGUUAUAACACAAUUUCGCAACUGACCACCAAACAAGUGUUUUUGAUACUGAACGUGAUUACAGACUAGAUAAUAGCAUUAUGUUGUAGUUUCGUUUUUUUUGCCUGCAUACCCUCUGUCUCUGUACGAAGAACUCACUUGACUUGUGUUUAUGUUGGUUGAGGCCACUGCUCCAUUGUCAAAGGAAACCUCAGAGCGUUCUUCAUUAUUUCCAUAACCCACACAUGGAAGGGGAUGCUAACGCCGGGCUCUUACACACAGCCGGUGUGCUCUGAGAUAGAUCUGUGAGAUGAGCAGGUUGUUAAAGUCCUGUUGGUGAGCACUGAAGGAUGAGUCUCAAUGGGCUCUGGUGGCGGCUUCAACGUAAAUUAAACUCAUACAGCGGUGAACCAAAUGAGCAUUAAACUUCCCAAUGGAACUUUCCAAUGGGCUCAUAACAGCUGCCACUUCAGACGGCUGGUUGGAGUUUGGUGUGUUUCUACUCCCCUUUGAAUUCCCUGCCCAUUACUUCCUACACAUCGACCAAACUCCACUCUGGACUGAAGUCCCCUCCCCUCCAGCAUCUUACAAAGAGAGCAACUUCCUCAAACCAGGAGCAAAAUUCUCUCCUCAUUGCUUACUCCAGGAGUUGAUUGCCUUCCCCAAUUUCUUAGCCAAUAAUUGCAGUCCCUGCUUGGGGAGAAUGAACUCCCUGGCCUCUGUGAGCUCAUCGAGCCAGCUCCCUUCUUGAUUUGUUGUGAGCCAAAUACCUUCCUACAGUAUUGCUUUGACUGGGAUUGAACACCCUGCCAAUCUCUCACAUGUUUAUCCCUAGCCACUGUCUCUCUCUGUCUCAGUGUGUCUGGGUCUGUCAGACCUGUUCUAGCCUUAUCAGGCAUGUGUCAGGGCCGGGAUGGUCUUAAUAAGCUAGUUAAGCCCUGCCCUACCCAGGGGACAUGCUGGGGCUUUAGCGUGGCACAUACUGUAUCAUUUCCCUACAGGGAUCAUGGAGCCUCACGCACGCAUACAGUACAUGUGGUUUCACGCACAGAGUAGGACACACACUUGGUUGCUUGCUGCAUGCACACACACACACACAUACACACACACACACACACACACACACACACACACACACAUAUAUAUAUACACACACACACACACACACACAUACACACACACAGUCUUGUAUAACUAACCUUGUUGGACACAAUUCAGUCCCAUUCAAAAUCCUAUUUUCCCUAACCCCUAAACCUAACCCUAACCCUUACCCUAACCUUAACCCUAACCCAAUAAUCUAACCUUAACCCUAAACCUAACCCUAGCUCCUAACCCUAACCCUAAAACUAACCCUAGCUCCUAACCCUAACCCUAAACCUAAUUCUAACCCUAACACUAAUUCUAACCUUAACCCUAAACCCCCUAGAAAUAGCUUUUGACCUUGUGGGGACUAAAAAAAGGUCCCCCAGUUGGUCAAAUUUUUGUUUGUUUACUAUUCUUGUGGGGACUUCUGGUAAAGUUAAAUACAUCCACACACACACACACACCACACACACACACACACACACACACACACACACACACACACACACACACACACACACACACACACACACACACACACACACACACACACACACAAGUUGGCUCUUUAAGUCCUGUUUAUGACAGAUGUGAUUUCCCUACAGUGAUGAGGCUCUGUACAGCAGCAGAUAUGUCAGGAUGAUUGACAGCUGGGGAAUCCCAGUGUAGACAGGUGGAGGAGCUGCAGCACAGAGCUGGGUCGUUCCACGAAAUGGGUGGUCCCUUUUAUAUUUUAAGUAGAAAUUGUGCACCAAUAUUGCACCAAUAUUGAAUUUUAAAAGCCUGUUAUAUUAAAUGAAGUGCCCUUUAUUAUAGACCCCAUGGAUAAUUGAAUAAAGACUUGCUAAAGGGCCAAAAUGCAGCAUGUCCCGCCGUUUCACCUCUAGGAAGAUUUUAACCCACUUAACCCCAACAUCAUUCACCAUCAUUGUAAAGCCCUAGUUAUUUUGUUGCUUUGACAAUCAUUUCUGAAGAUUAUUAUUUAUUUCAUGUUGUUAGUGAUUCAUUUACAUCUGUCCCUCAUUUUAAGGUCAACCCUGCUACGUGAACUGAAUUUUUUUCUUCAAAAGAAACAUUGAACGUCUAAUAGUCAAAUCAUAGUGUAAAAGCAGGUGAGCUGGUUAUACUCUUCUUGGCCAUUUCUGGUGUUUUGUGGUGGAAAACUGAGCGGAUCGAGCAUAACACGUCAACCCUGUUACCCAUAGAUAGACAUGCUAGAAAUGUUUUAACAAUUUCAUUUGUUUUGUGAAGCUUGCAUUUAAUUGCCACUCCCUGUUGCACACAACAAGCUUCCAUUUCCUCUGUCACAAGGGAAUAUGUCUGAGUAAGAUGAAGUCGUCAACCCUGAGAACACUAGAGAACAGGAAGACUAAUGCACAUCACUAUUGUCUGCCGGGCUGAUUUAAUAGAGAUAGUCGCUCUGGAUAAGAGCGUCUGCUAAAUGACGUAAAUGUAAAUGUAAUAAUUCCUCAUGUAGAAAUAAAAAGCUCUACCUGCUGUGGAACUACUGCAAUGAGGAUGAUUGGUGGUGGGAACCUUCCUAGGAUCCUCUCCGAAGUUGGAAAAUGAACCAUUUUAUUGUUGAUGGUUUCCUUAAAGGGGAGGAAGAGUGUUUGAAUAAAUCUAUGUGAAAUUAUUUAUCUGGCACUCUAUCUCAAAGCCACUCGAUCUCAAAGCCACAGUGACACAGUGACACCCAGUGGUUACAGUAGACAUAACAAUAACAGGCUUGCAACGUAUAAGUCGUUUUGUUUCUCUUCUAAGCAACUCAAUGGAUUACAAACUGACAAUAGUUCACCAACCAAAAAAUGUGUCAUAUAUUAGGUUUUAUUUCUAGCCUACAUCCUGUUUAUAAUGACUGUCUCUGUCCACAGAUAUUGACGAGUGUGUUCAGGGGACUCAUAACUGUGGGCCAGGCUUUGAAUGUGUGAACACUGAGGGCUCGUUCAGGUGUAACGCCAAACCUCACUGCUCCAUGGGCUUCACACAGGACACACAUGGGAAUUGCAUCGGUAAGAAGGGCUGUCCGGACCGACUGGGUGGGCUAGGCCUGGGCAGACCUGGGCCACUGUUAACAAGUGUAAUAGUAUGCACAAAACAAUAUGAACAUAACGAUAGUAGUGUGUCAAUAUGAAUGUAAUGGUUUACCCAGUCCAGAUCAGGUACAGAGGGGUUAAAUGCCACACAGAUAGUGAGGUUUAAUCCAACAUCCAGCAGUUCAGAUCAGGUAAAGAGGGGUUAAAUGCCACACAGGUAGUGAGGUUUAAACCAACACCCAGCAGACCAGACCAGGUACAGAGGGGUUAAAUGCCACACAGGCAGGGGAUUAGAGGGGAGCACAGCAGGCUGCAGUGGGGCGGAUGAAAGCCAACCCUCCUCCUCCAGUCAGUACAUUCUGAUGCUGAGGAAUGAGCCUGAGGGACAGGAACUGGGGCAUGUCUAGGCAGUUCUGAACCACUGUAAAACAGUGUAAAAUGCACAGUUAGAAGAUUAGAAAAUAGAGUUACACACACACGCACCAAAAUGAUCCCAGGGAAUGGAAGUGUCUGCUGUGUGUCUGCCUCUGAGUAACACAGUGUGACUAAAUGGCUGACAAUCUCUCUCACUCUCUUUGUCCCCUCUUUCUCCCUGUCCUCCGGUGUUCCUCUGUUCUUCCUUUUCUGUCCUCCCUUCUCAAACUGCCCCUCCACACACCCACAUCCCCUGUUCCCCCCUCCCCCUAUGUGACCGAUCCUCCCUCUUUCCUUCCUCCAUCACCCCCCUCUCCAUCCAUCAGACAUAGAUGAAUGUGGUGUAGUGGGCCAACCCUGCAGUCCUGGCUUUAACUGUAUCAACACAGUGGGAUCCUACAGCUGCCAGAGGAAGAUCAUCAUGUGUAACCGUGGUUACCACGCAAGCCCUGAUGGAGCCAGGUGCAUAGGUAGGAGUAGUAAACAGAUCUGUGAUUUUCAUUUUCAUGGUCACCAUCAACAAGAUCUCUCCUCUCUUCCUCUCGCCUCGCUUCCUCUCUCCCUCACUUCCUGUGUCCAGAUUUGGAUGAGUGUCAGAGCGCUCUGCAUCGCUGUGGGGAGGGACAGAUCUGCCACAACCUGCCCGGCUCCUACCGCUGUGACUGCCAGACGGGCUACCAGUACGACAUGUUCAGGAAGAUGUGUGUGGGUAGGUACUUUAUGGCCUACUGACCUCAAGCAAAAAGAAGUUCCCGCUUUUCACUUGCUCAUUGAAAUGAAAUCUUCGUCAGAAUAGUCCUGGAUGGUUUUCGUAGGAUGCUUGCAAUAUGGAUUAACAUGUUCAGAUGUUCUUCUGUCUCUAUCUCUCUAUCUUAAUUUGAGAAGUAGAAUAUAGUCCUCUCUCUCUCUCCGAGCACCCCCACCCCACCUUCAUACUGUUCCUGUAACAUACCGGGGUAUAUGGUAUUACCAGCAGUGCACACAAGGGCCACUAUUUCUUUGCAAAUGUAAAAAAUAACACAAAAAUACAAUCCAGGAGGGGAUUGAUUGUCUCUGCUGUAUAUGGUAUACUGCCCAUGCCUGUUUUGUUCCUCUCCUGGUCUUCUCUGUAUUGUGUGAGAGUUGCUGCAGUUAGUCUCCCAGGCAGCUCACUUCUGCUGCAGUCUUAUCUCCUGCUGCUCUGCUCUUUUCCUCUGGGCUGCAGUCAGCCAGCCAGUCAGUCAGUCAGCCAGUCAGCCAGCCAGCCAGCCAGCCAGUCAGCCAGCCAACCAGUCAGCCAACCAGUCAGCCAGGCAGCCAGCCAGCCAACCAGCCAGUCAGCCAACCAGUCAGCCAGCCAGCCAGCCAGCCAGUCAGCCAACCAGCCAGCCAGCCAGUCAGCCAACCAGUCAGCCAGCCAGCCAGCCAGCCAGCCAGUCAGCCAGCCAGCCAGUCAGCCAGUCAGCCAGCCAGCCAGCCAGCCAGUCAGCCAGCCAGCCAGCCAGCCAGCCAGUCAGCCAGCCAGUCAGCCAGCCAGCCAGUCAGCCAGCCAGUCAGUCAGCCAGCCAGUCAGCCAGCCAGUCAGGCAGCCAGCCAGUCAGCCAACCAGUCAGUCAGCCAGCCAGCCAGCCAGCCAGCCUCUGCAGAGAACAGUGUGCUGAUUCACUGGGUUGUGACUUCAAUAAUAAUGGACUCCAGUGGAAUGUUUAGACUAUCAGCAGGCAGCAUUUCACACCCCUAUUCACACACACUAAGGAGGUGUACGAACACAUACAUACAUUUUGUAUACACACUUUCUCUCUCUCACACACACAUUCUCUCUCUCUCUCUCUCUCUCUCUCUCACACACACACACACACACACACACACACACACACACACACACACAUACACACACACUCACAAUCUCCCUCCACUCUCGUCAGAUGUGAAUGAGUGUUGGCGCUUCCCCGGCCGCCUGUGUGCCCAGACCUGUGAGAACACCCCGGGAUCCUAUCAGUGCUCCUGCACCGCCGGCUUCAGCUUAUCCAGCGAUGGCAAGAACUGUGAAGGUGAGUGUGUGUGUGUCCUGUUACAUUCCCAGUAGGACAGAGAAGGCUUUUGUUCCCCCUGUCACACCUCUAGAGGACUGUGUGAUUGGACUGAUAGUCUAAAGCCAGUAGUGGCUGUUGGUGGAGAGAUAUAGAGACAUAAACAUAUUGCAUUCUGUGACGUCAUGGACAUCAUGACAUUGUUUCAAGAGUUACUUUGAAAUGGUACAGCAACGGUCUUCUUCCAUCUUUGAAUGUCUUACAGAUGUGAAUGAGUGUCUAACCAACCCCUGCAGUCAGGAGUGUGCCAACAUCUACGGCUCCUACCAGUGUUACUGCAGACAAGGCUACUACCUGAGGGAAGAUGGACAAACCUGUGAGGACAUUGAUGAGUGUGCCCAGAGCAUUGGCCACCUGUGUUCCUUUAAGUGUGUGAACGUCCCAGGGAGCUACCAGUGUGCCUGUCCUGACUAUGGCUACACAAUGUCUCCCAACGGACGCUCCUGCAGAGGUGAGGAAACACUGAUACACACAUUACAUACACCUAACACAUACACACAUUACCGCUGAGCUGACUAUGGUUUGGGUUACAGACAUAGAUGAGUGUGCCAUCGGGGCCCAUAACUGCUCAUUGGCUGAGACCUGCUACAACAUCCAGGGAGGCUUCCGCUGUCUGUCCUUCGACUGUCCACAGAACUACCGCAAAUCCUCUGAUACGUAAGUUACUGUAUCUCAACUCAUCGGUUAUCCCAGGACUCCUUGGAACAGAGUUGAACUACAGUUGAAUUGAAGACUUUUAAGCUUCUGUGUUGUUGGAAAAGCAAAAAAAAUGGCAUUUUCAACUGCGUUUUCAUGUUGCCCUCUGGGGCUGGUCAACUGUGUUCUCUUGAUUUCCUCAAAGUUCAAAGAUCUUUUGAGGUCUUUCUCCAAUCUAGUGGAGUGUAUGCGGGAAGGAACAAUGUUUCCCUUGAGGGUAAUGUGUCAGGCUGGGUAAUCUGAUCAAAGCUGUGAAACAGAAAGGCCACAGUGGACGGAGGCCAUGAUACAUCAGCUAGGAGUCGGAAGAUCUGUCUGGAAUCACACUAUUGAGUUUAUGGCUUCAUCUCUCUUCUAUUUCUCUUUGGUCCUAUUUUGAAAUGACCUGGACAAACAGUAAUGUUUUGCCUAUGAGAUUCUGACCCUUUGACCGCUAUUAUUUGAUGUGUUGAUUUCAUGACUCUGACUCUCUGACUCGUGGUUUUACCAUACGCAUUCCUUCUUUUUUAAUAUUGUUUUUCAUUAUAGUGAUUAUGUGUGAUUCUGACUCUCAUUGGCUGGUCCUCUAGGCGCUGUGAACGACUGAGCUGCCCCAACUUCCUGGACUGUCAAAACUCUCCUCUGAGGAUCACCUACUACCACCUGAGCUUCCAGACCAACAUUGUCAUCCCCGCCCAGAUCUUCCGCAUUGGCCCCUCCCCUGCCUACUCCGGGGACAACGUCAUCAUCAGCGUCACCCAGGGCAACGAGGAGAACUACUUUAGCACGCAGAAGCUGAACGCCUACACAGGCGCAGUGUACCUGCACAGGCAGGUACGUGAGCCCCGGGACUUCCUGAUCGACGUGGAGAUGAAGCUGUGGAGACAGGGCACCUUCACUACGUUCCUGGCCAGGCUCUACGUCUUCAUCACGGCUAACUCACUCUAACAGACUGGCCCCCAGCCUCCCCCUACUCCUACCCAUCCUUGUCCCCCCCCCCACUCUCCCCCUAAUGGACAGCCAGUUCCCAUCUGACCUCCUAGCCCUACCCCUCAAUGGACAGUAUUAGUUUUGACAAUAAGUCAGUCAACUUCAAUAAUCAUACCAGUUGCCCAAUUUUAUAACACACUGAUGAUUAGGUUUGCAAAAUCCCUGGAAUUUUCUAUAAAUUCCCUGGUGUUCCCGAAAUCCCAGUUGGAGGAUUCCCGGAAUCAGGAGGGAAUAAGAUGGAAAUCUGGAAUUUCGGAAAUCCGAAUUCAAACCAGGAUUUCUGGAAAACCAGGGAAUUUAUAGAAAGUUCCAGGGAUUUUAGAACCCUACUGGUAAUAGCAAAAGUAGUUUUGCACUGU